GCCAUUUAAUUGUUAUUGUUAGCUGGUUAGCUUUCCAGCAAAUGUCAAGAUAUACUAACGUGCAUUACACAUAACUUUUUUUGUAUGUGAAAGACAGAGCAUUAAGCGACUAAGGAACGCUUGGUGCAUAACGGAAACAUGAACGAUGCAGAGACGACUACCAGGAAACAUUCGAAUUCGAGAGAGCUACAGACUCCGAAGAACGAGGAUGCCUACGAGAUUUCCAUUCCAUUUGAGGAGAAUAACUUUGAACAGCAAGGUGGAUUUUACAAUCAGAAUGAACAGAGCUUCGACGGAGGUGACACCCCGGCUCCCGGCAGCUCCUACCUGUUGAUUACGAACCUGCGGACACAGCUGCAGAUUUCUCUGGAGAAAAACUCAUGGCUGCAGAAACGCAUCGAGGAUCUGGAGGAAGAACGAGACUUCCUGCGCUGCCAGCUCGAUCGCUUCAUCUUCUCCACGAAGAGUCAGGAGAGCAACGGCAACGAUUCCCGGAGUUUUUCCUGGCGGAGGAGACGAGAGAACGAACGCGAUUCACAGUCUGAGACCCAGCGCUCAGCCAACCGUCAGUCAUUCCCACAGAGGUCCGCCCAGCAGGCCUCGUCCAAUGCCAAGGCCAUGAGCUCUGGCUCCGGUCCAAUCAGCAGUCAGAUGAGCUCCAUGUAUGGCUCCUCCCACUCACAGCCUUUGCUCGGUGGAAGCGGUAGCAGCAGUAACAACAGGAACAUGAAUGAUCUACCAGAGUCCCUCUCUCUGCUUGGACAGGAGGAGGAGGAGGAGUUCCUGGAGGACAGUUACCUGGAAGAAGAGGAGAUGAUGUCGGGGGAGGACGUGAUGUCAGACAGCAUGACGCUGAGGAACAUGGGCUCCAGCGGACGGACCAAUAGCGGCCACCCGGGCCUGAAGAGGAGGCGGGUCUUCCGAAUCGCACGAGGGAGAGAGCGACAGAGAGUGAAGGACGCGGCAGGAGUGCUGUACCGCUAUAAGAAGAUUCUGGUGACGUACCAGCGGCUGAAAAACAUGUCCAAGGCUUUUCAGAUCCACGGUGUGGACCGCAACACCGUGGCCUCCACCACCCCCAUCGCCGAGCUGCUGCUGGUGGCGCCGGAGAAGGUGGCGGAGGUGGGCGAGUUCGACCCGUCCAAAGAGAAGCUUCUAGACUACGCACGGCGCUGCUACAUCGCCCUGGACCCGCAGACGCUCAGCAAAGUGCAGGCGCUGAAGAAGAACAACCUUCUGCUGCCCAUUUCCUACAGGUUGAAAGGAACAGAUAAUCGAUAAUGGGACAGCCAGGAGCCUUGCCUACUCUGCUGUACACCCCCCGCCCCCGCCCC